UCCACCACAACCAGCGCCGAAACCGCACAACAGGAGGAGACAGGAUGUUCAGACCGCGUCUUUCACAGUGAUCCCACAUACACCUCUCAUCCAGGAACACCGGCGUCUCUCAGCGAUCAGCCCCAGAGGCGCGUCUCGCUCUUCCGCUCGCUUUGCCAGCAGCACCCGCGCCGCGCUGUUCCGCGACGGUCCGGUCCGCUCGCUUCCUCUCUCUCCCCCCCCCCCCUCCUCACUUGGAGAACAGUUUAUUCCCUGAAAGCUGGAUGAAUUAUUGGAGAGUUGCGAACAAGUGCGAGAAGAAAGCUGAGGCUCGGGAUCUGCCUCCUCGCUCCGUCCAGGGAAGAGAAGCCGGAGUUGUGGACGAACAUGGAGGGGACGUCCCUGUAUCUUCCUAUUGUCAUUUUACUGAUGCAAUGUUCCCCCUCUUCUCCCGUCACAGUGUCGUCCAACAAACACAAGGUGGAGGUCCGAGAGUUCUCAGAUGCGGUGCUCUCCUGCAUGUUCCGCACAGAGCGAGACCAGAACCCGCGCAUCGAGUGGAAGAAGAAGGGGAAAGAUGUUUCUUUUGUCUACUUUGAGGGACAAUUUAAAGGUCCCUUUGAGGGCCGGGCCUCCAUCGACGGGGCCACGGUGACGCUACAAAGGGUGACCCAGGACGACGCUGGGGAGUACCGUUGUGAGAUCAGUGCGUCUCUGGACUCAGUCAAACUGGGCGAGACCAACGUCACACUCAAAGUCCUGGUUCCUCCACACACGCCGUCCUGUGAAAUCCCAAGCGGGGCGGUGACGGGCUCAGUGGUGCAGCUGCGUUGUAGGGACCAACAGAGCAUUCCACCUGCCACAUACUCCUGGUACAAGGACGGCGAGCAAAUCAACCCGCCACGACACACCAACGCCACGUAUCUAAUCAAUGCACGCAUAGGAAUACUGGAGUUUAAAUCUGUAGCCAAAGAGGACACCGGUCGAUACAGCUGCCUCGCUUCCAACGGAGUGGGACCGCCAAAGAUGUGCGAGGGGAAGCGCAUGACCAUAGAGGAUGUCAACGUCUCCGCCGUGGUGGCUGCAGUAGUGGUGGUCUGCCUCGUCAUCCUGAUCUGCGGCUGCGGCGGGUACCUCUUACACCGCAACGGAUUCUUCAGCCCAGGACACAGAGGAAGGUCCAAUGUCAACUACAUCCCUCCGCCUCAAGAAUCUACGGAUUUCAAACACACGCAGUCAUUCAUGCUCUGAGAAGCCGGCCUUCCUGUGAGAUCACAUCCCCCUCAUGAAAGGUGCCAACACUGGAUACUCUGAUGUCUUUUUUUGUUCUUCCUGCUCUUGGACUUCCAAUAUUUGCUCUUUUCAAUCUUCCUAUUUUGGGAUCUGUUUUGACAAGCUAAUUUGCAAGGCUUCUUUUUUUUACUCUCUUGCUGUGCCGUGUGGGUCGCCUUUAGUCAUUUUCUGCUGUCAUGGGAUUUAAAUACACUCUGAUGGCCCUCUACUUCCCCCUGGUGGUCAGAUGCGGAAAUUCCAAGUGAUCAUCUGAGGGAGCAGUGGAGCUUUUUACAGACUCUGUUGUCCCCUCUGCAGGCCAAUCUUUGUACUACCUUUGUGUUCUUUGUAUCUUUAUUUUCUUUUCUUUUUUUUUACCAAAGACUGAUUCAUGUAAUGGAAUUUAUUUGCUUUGAAAUCAUCACAAGAAAGCCAUGUUUUCAAUCUCAAACAUAAAUGCAGUUUACCUCAGCUUCUGCCACAUGCCAAUGUUUCGUCUUAUGUAACACCGAGGCCCGAGCUUUCCGCAGUGCCACACAGGAUCCACCACGAUCUUAGUAAUAAUCUGGAACAGACCAAGACAACAGGAAGCCAAUUCUACUGAGACCAAUCCCCCUCCAUCCUAAUGUGCCUGCAUGGUCUUUUUAUAUUAUACAAUAUCAGUAUAUACCUUGUGCCUUUUUAAGUUGUCUGUCAUAUUUAUCUAUGGAUCACAGUUUUUGUAAAGAACUUGCCUUACUUUUUUCUGUCUUUAUAUUUUUGUGCCACUGUUUGUCAUUGUACUGUUUUUUGAUUUUUUCAAAAUGGAGUGUCUGCUUUCAAACUGUGUGUGAAUGGAUUGUUCAGAGUUUUAUUUGAAUGGCGUAUCAUUAAUAAAAUGUUUUUAUAGUCAAA